CAGAGGGAAGAAUCACUGUGGAAACAUCCUACACUCACACUUUGAUACUCGCCCUGUUCUCUGCGCUUUAUUUCCUUUAACCAACCUGCUGGACUUUGGGGUUUGAACAGAUCCAUCUGAACCUGAAACCAGAUCUUAUCGUCUCAUCGUCAUUAUGGAUAUAACCAUCCAGCACCCCUGGUUCAGACGCACCCUGGGCUCCGUUCACCCCGCCCGACUCUUUGACCAGUUCUUUGGAGAGGGGAUCUUCGACUACGACUUCUUCCCGUACACGUCCUCCACCAUCAGCCCGUACUACAGGCACUCGCUGUUCCGCAGCUUGUUGGAUUCCUCCAACUCUGGCAUCUCUGAGGUGAGGUCUGACAGGGACAAGUUCACGGUCUACCUGGAUGUCAAGCACUUCUCGCCCGAUGAACUCAACGUAAAGGUGACCGACGACUAUGUGGAGAUCCAGGGCAAGCAUGGAGAGAGACAGGACGAUCACGGUUACAUCUCCCGGGAAUUCCACCGCCGUUACCGCCUCCCUUCCAUUGUGGACCAGUCUGCCAUCAGCUGCACCCUGUCAGCUGACGGCCUGCUGACGCUGACCGGGCCAAAGAUAGGCGGUGGGAGCGAGUCUGGCCUCGGCGAGCGCAACAUCCCAAUCACCCGUGAUGACAAACCCAAAGCCACUCCAUCCUCCUAGAGGAGGACUGGAGUUCCCUGAAACAGYCUGAACGGUCUGGGAUGGACCACCACAGAAGAUACCCUCUUCCUCCUCACUCCUGUCUCUGUAGUUCCUCUUAGUUCACUCUUUUAAACUUUUAGUAUUGUUGUUUUUAGUAUAACAAGAAUCAGCCUGAAAGUGAGGCUUAGGGUUUCAUCUAGUGCCGAGACCCGAUGAGACCCGGCUGAGACCCUGUCCUCCUCCUGUCCUCCUGAUCUCCUGUACUGUAGUGUAGACCUCGUUCACUGAGAAGUUCUUACUAAAGCUGACAAUAAAGCUGUAUGAUUAACAAAACCAGA